UUUGAGUUGAAUAAGAAGAAUGGCAGGAGGAGGAGCUGCACCACAACCCAAGCUGGAUGAGCAUCAGCCUCAUCCAGUCAAAGAUCAAUUACCCAAUGUUUCUUACUGCAUUACAAGUCCUCCUCCCUGGCCGGAGGCAAUUCUUCUUGGUUUCCAACAUUACCUGGUGAUGCUUGGCACAACUGUCCUAAUUCCCAGCUCUCUUGUUCCCCAGAUGGGAGGAGGAAAUGAAGAGAAGGCAAAAGUGAUUCAAACUCUACUGUUUGUGGCUGGCAUAAACACAUUUUUCCAAACGUUCUUUGGGACUCGGUUACCUGCGGUUAUUGGGGGAUCCUACACCUUUGUGCCAACAACCAUUUCAAUCAUUCUGGCUGGUCGCUACAGUGACAUUGUGAAUCCUCAGGAGAAAUUUGAAAGGAUAAUGCGUGGAACACAGGGUGCCCUCAUUGUUGCUUCAACCCUCCAAAUUGUUUUUGGUUUCAGUGGCCUGUGGCGCAAUGUAGUGAGGUUCUUAAGUCCUCUCUCUGCUGUUCCCUUGGUUGCUCUGUCAGGCUUUGGGCUGUAUGAACUGGGGUUUCCUGUGCUUGCAAAAUGUGUGGAGAUUGGGCUGCCAGAAAUCAUCAUCCUAAUAGUAUUUUCACAGUACAUUCCCCAUAUGAUGAAAGGAGAAAAGCCUAUUUUUGAUCGCUUUGCAGUUAUAUUCUCAGUGGCUAUUGUGUGGAUUUAUGCUCAUCUUCUUACUGUUGGUGGAGCUUAUCGAAAUUCGGCUCCUAAAACCCAAAUUACUUGCAGAACUGAUCGUGCUGGAAUUAUAGGCGGUGCUCCUUGGAUAAGAAUCCCAUAUCCUUUUCAAUGGGGUGCUCCUACAUUUGAUGCUGGAGAAGCUUUUGCUAUGAUGGCUGCUUCAUUUGUUGGUCUAGUAGAGUCAACUGGAGCUUUCAUUGCUGUGUCAAGGUACGCAAGUGCAACGCCAAUUCCACCUUCAGUUCUUAGCCGUGGUGUCGGUUGGCAGGGAGUGGGAAUUCUGCUGUCUGGGAUCUUUGGGACAGGGAAUGGAUCAUCAGUUUCUGUAGAGAAUGCAGGGCUCUUAGCUUUGACACGUGUUGGUAGCCGAAGGGUUGUUCAAAUAUCAGCCGGAUUCAUGAUCUUUUUCUCAAUUCUUGGAAAAUUUGGUGCCGUUUUUGCUUCAAUUCCAGCUCCAAUAGUUGCUGCUUUAUACUGCCUUUUCUUUGCCUACGUAGGCUCAGCAGGUCUCGGUUUUCUUCAAUUUUGCAAUUUAAACAGCUUUAGAACUAAAUUCAUCUUGGGCUUCUCUAUUUUCAUGGGCUUCUCUAUACCCCAAUACUUCAACGAGUACACAGCGUUUAAAGGCUAUGGUCCUGUGCACACCCGCGCAAGAUGGUUCAACGACAUGAUCAAUGUGCCAUUGGCAUCUGAACCAUUUGUUGCGGGUUUAUUGGCACUGUUUUUGGACGUUUCAUUGCGCAAGAAAGACAACCAAAGCCGUAAAGACAGAGGCAUGCACUGGUGGGACAGAUUCCGAUCAUUCAAGACAGAUACGAGGAGUGAGGAAUUUUACUCUCUACCUUUUAAUCUAAACAAGUUUUUCCCUUCUGUGUGA